GAAUGUUGAGUGCUCCCUACGUACUACUUACAACUUUUUCGCUGGUUAACAUGCAAUAACAAUACUUUAAUACAGAUUUUUCGAGUUUUUUCGUUGGCCACACAGCCUAGCAUCACAAACUGGCGGGACUUGCUUUAUUCCAGAGGACCCAAUAGAUGACAUGUUUGCCAUGGAUGCGACUGCUACGACGAGGACGAUAGCGACGACGACGAAGACGAGAGCGUUGACAAGAAAAAAAGUACCUCGAAAAAGAAGUCGCGUGGAAGUCGGUUGGACGCAGAUGAUGAGGAUGAGGAGGCCACUAUUACAAUGAAAAAUUCCUUGUGUGCCUCCCCACCGCGGAAUUUGCAAAAUUUGUUGAUGCAUAAGGUUUUCAAAUGAAGAACUUUUCAUCUGUGCGUAACUAAAAGGACUACGACUCUUUCUGGUCGUGCAGAACCUAGACUGCGCAAGGUAAGUAUCUUUUGCAUAACAGAUCCGGCUGCUCCUGUUGGGCUUCUUUGCUGCAACACAAAUUUAAGCUAUUAAUUCUUUCAGCAUGGAAAAUUUGUGAUGUUGAUAUAUGCAGCAAGACGGGGAAUGUUCCCAUUGGAAAGGUUUGCAAUACAAAUGCUGCCAAGUUCUUCUGGGGUGGGGGUAUUUUUCACUGUAAUAGCCCGAAAACUGAGAAAAUAUCGCGCAAGACUCAUCGGGGACGCGUGCAGGACUCUGGAUUUGGACCACGAUUGCAGCGCCUUCGGACUCACACCGGACGUUGAGGAAUGCAAGACCCAGCACCAGUUUUGCGAAGAGAUAAAACACAAGAUACGAAAAGCAGCGACAAAGGCUCGAUUCAAGUGCCACCCGGAUAAAUGGGAUAAUUUGGUGGCACAAGGCAAAGAGAAUGAAACCGAAUGCCUCAUCAACAAAUCGGCAUACAAAGAAAAAGGGGACGCCGCGAUGCAGAAGCCGCGGCAGGCCGUCUCAAAGGAGGAGGUGGUUGCGCAAUUCCACGAGAUCAUGAAGGCCAGAGAUACACUACUUUUGCUUGAUUGAGCAGCUACGGAAGAACAUCAGGCGUGAAAUUGUGGUGCCAGGCAAGGCUUAUUUGCCUGGCUUGAAGCUGUGUUAUUUCCUUCUAGUUGUCAGGUCACUUUUUUUUUUUACGCUAAUUACCCUAGUAACAAUUUUUUGAUGCAGCAGCUCUUUAGCUGUAGGAUCGAUCAUCACGAUCAUUUUUUAUACCCGAGAUACCUACCACCAUUACCAUUUACUUUCUGAUUGUGGUAUGCGAAACCAAUAUUUGUUCAGUAUGC